UCCUGAUAACCCAGGCUCAGUGAUGUGAAAGUGGCAACGUGAGGUGAGCCCGGAGGAAAUUACUGGACCAGAAACAAGGCAGGAGCGAUGAGGGGAUUAUUUUAGAAAAUAAUAACAAUAAUAAUAAAGAAAACGUCUGAAAGAUGAUGUUUUAGGUAUAUGCGUUUGAAAGGAGAAAAAGAGAAAAUAUGGUUGGUUUUUGCAUAACCCAACCCUGAAAUCUUUUCCCCUCUUCUUUUGGAUUGUGGAUUGUGACAGCAUCCCGACCGGGACUCAGGACCAUAACAGUUUUCCAGGGAUUCACGGGAGAAUCUUUCAGUUUUCGGCCGGCAGUGCCCACCAACCCGGAGCCAAGACGUUGUUCCGCGUAGAGCCGGCUUGCCCCAGUCUGAGCAGCGCAGUCCGUGCAGCGGGGAGGUCGGCACUCGGCGUCUCACGGGCCGGCAACAUGAUGGUCCAAUGCGCCGGCUGCGAGCGGCCCAUCCUGGACCGGUUCCUCCUCAACGUGCUGGACAGAGCCUGGCACGCCAAGUGCGUCCAGUGCUGCGAAUGCAACUGCAACCUCACCGAGAAAUGCUUCUCCCGGGACGGAAAGCUCUAUUGUAAAAUGGACUUUUUCAGGCGCUUUGGAACAAAAUGCGCGGGGUGCCUGCAGGGAAUCUCGCCGAACGACUUGGUGCGCAAAGCCCGCAGCAAGGUGUUCCACCUGAACUGCUUCACCUGCAUGGUGUGUAACAAGCAGCUGUCCACGGGAGAGGAGCUCUACGUGAUAGACGAAAACAAGUUCGUGUGCAAAGAAGAUUACCUGAGCUCCGGGGCCAUUAAGGAAGUCAACCUGAACUCAGUCUCGUCGUGCACAGAUAGGAGUUUAUCGCCGGAUCUCCAGGACCCGAUACAGGACGACAUAAAGGAGACGGACAAUUCCACGUCCUCUGAUAAGGAAACGAACAAUAUUGAGAACGAGGAGCAGAACUCCGGGGCCAAACGGCGGGGGCCCCGGACCACCAUCAAGGCCAAGCAGCUGGAGACGUUAAAGGCGGCGUUCGUGGCCACGCCGAAGCCGACGCGGCACAUCCGGGAGCAGCUGGCGCAGGAGACGGGGCUGAACAUGCGAGUCAUCCAGGUUUGGUUCCAGAACAGAAGAUCCAAAGAGCGGCGAAUGAAGCAGCUGAGCGCUCUGGGUGCCCGACGUCACGCCUUCUUCAGGGGCCCCAGGAGGAUGAGGCCUCUAGGGGGCAGGCUGGAGGAUCCCGAUAUUUUGGGACCUGGGCCUUACGGUUACUAUGGAGAAUACCAAGGAGACUAUUAUGGACCAGGGAGUAACUACGACUUCUUUCCCCACGGCCCUCCAUCCUCACAGGCUCAGUCCCCGGCCGAGUCCCCCUACAUCCUGGGCUCUGGGCCCGGAGCCAUAGAGGGAUCGGGCCACCACCCAUCAGACGACCAAAGGUACACGGACAUGAUCUCUCACGCGGAAACCCCCAGUCCCGAACCGGGCUUACCGAGCUCCCUGCAACCGGUCCCAGGGGAUGCAUAUGGGGGCGGACCCAGUCCCCCUUUCUCCUUGGCCAGUAACUCCAGCUACAGUGCUCCGAUGUCCCACCAGGGCCAGGAGAUGGGGGAAACAGCUGCCUGGUGAAAGGACAAAGACAAAAAAACAGGGACCAACCACGGGCUGAAUGUCUGCCCAGCUAAUUCAGGAGACGUAUCAACAACAUUGUCAGAAGGGGGAAAGUACGGCGAAAAUUUCUACAGAGAACCUUUUAAAAUUAUAGACUAAUCUUAACAACCAGGGGGGAGAAGAAAUGACGGAAAGAAUGAAAAACAGAGCUGGAAAGAGUAAUUUUGCUGCGCGGCAGACGCUCCAAAGCAUAUCCCUUGUUGGGUUCUGGACUGAAUAAGAGAUUCCAUCCGGCAGAAAUGCUUCUCGCCUUCCCCUUAUCUUCUAACGCUCUAGGAACACAUUAGCGGAGAAACACCAAAGGGGACAUGUCUAGGUUUCUUAAUUUCACACUGCGUUUAAAAAAAUAAAAUAGCAUUGCUCCAAAGCAAUUUCACUUCUUACUUUAUCUCAACGUUGCCACUUAGCAAAGAUUUUAGACCUCGACGUUCAUACACAAAUGCAUCCGUUGCAGUCGAGGCAGUGUAUGUUUAAUCACAUUUUAAACAUUUUUUUUUUUUUUCUUGUGUAAGACAAUACAAAUCAACGGCUGCUGCUCGACAGACACGCACUGACUUUCCCUCACACAUCCUGGCUUAGAGUCCCUUAAUGCACAAAAAGUGUUCUUGAUCAUUGCUUGAAAGAAGGAUGUCUACACUAUUAUUCAAAACACGAACACAAUUAUAGACACUUGUACCCUCCUACACACACACACACACACACACACACACACACACACACAUGCUGCACACCCAUCGAGGCGGCCCUGAUAGUUCUGCUCUGCUCACUGCUUCACCUGACCUUCCUUUUGUUACUGUCCCUUUU